AGCACUACAAUCGGAGCACCUUCAAAGCUUCCGACUGCUCCUCCGCAUUCCCCUUACAUGCUUUAGAAGGUCCCAAUGUUACAACGGGGACCCGAGCAUUGUGGGGCCGUACUACUAAACGCUAUUGUACUUUUCUGCAUUAUUCUGACUAUGGAUCGAAUUCCGCAAUGUAAUGCCGAUGCGACAUCAGACACAGAGAUUAUCAAAAAACUGCUAAAUAAAGGCUACGACUGGAGAGUACGGCCGCCUGGAAUAAAUUUGACAGCAAAAGGUAGCCAUGGCCCGGUUGUCGUCAACGUCAACAUGCUAAUUAGAAGCAUCUCGAAAAUCGAUGACGUGAAUAUGGAGUACAGUGUUCAGCUAACAUUUCGAGAAUCGUGGGUCGAUGGCCGGUUGGCCUAUGGUCUUCCGGGUGACAAUAAACCCGACUUUCUCAUCUUGACAGCUGGACAGCAAAUUUGGAUGCCUGACAGCUUUUUCCAGAACGAAAAACAAGCGCAGAAACAUAUGAUUGACAAGCCAAACGUUUUGAUUCGAGUGCAUAAGGACGGUCAAAUUCUAUACUCAGUUAGGAUAUCAAUGGUGCUUUCAUGUCCAAUGCAUUUGCAGUACUAUCCUAUGGAUGUGCAAACAUGUCUGAUUGAUCUAGCCUCCUAUGCCUAUACUGAUAAUGAUAUAGAAUAUCGAUGGAAAGAAAAAGAUCCAGUACAACUCAAAGACGGGCUAAACUCCUCCCUACCUAGCUUUCAAUUAAAUAAUGUGUCUACUACAUAUUGUACUAGCAAAACUAAUACGGGUACAUACUCAUGUUUACGGACAGUUUUGGAGCUUAGGAGACAAUUCAGUUACUAUCUUCUACAACUAUAUAUCCCAUCUUCUAUGCUAGUCAUAGUGUCAUGGGUGUCGUUCUGGCUGGAUCGAACAGCUGUACCAGCUAGGGUUACAUUAGGAGUUACCACGCUACUAACUAUGACCACACAGGCAUCCGGUAUAAAUGCGAAAUUGCCCCCGGUUUCCUAUACAAAAGCCAUCGAUGUAUGGAUUGGAGCAUGUUUGACGUUUAUCUUUGGCGCGUUACUGGAAUUCGCUUGGGUCACUUAUAUUUCUACAAGAUCUUUAAAUAAAGCAGCUCGAGCUGAACCUCGAACAGGUUCUUUAGUGAUGACAAAUCAGCAUGCUAUUUUGCCUAGGACUACGCUGGAUUUACGAGCACGGAAAACAUCAGGUGGUAUUUGGAUGAAACAAGGUCGGUUUGAUGAGGCAGCAGAGUUGCUAGUGUUAAAUCCACGGUCUGUUAGCCGGAUGAGCAGGCUCAAGCGAAUGCUGCGAAAGUCCUGUUUGAUAGCAUGGGUACAAAAACAAUUAGAGCCAGCCGACAGCGCUAAAAAGGCGGAUCUGGUCUCAAGAGCGCUGUUUCCACUGUGCUUCAUCUUGUUCAAUAUUCUCUAUUGGACUAAUUACUCUCAAUACCAAGUGAGCGGGCCACGAUAGUACUGACGUGAGCGAAAGAACGUAAAUCAAGACGUUCUACCCGAAGGAAAACGUACUUCGAUGGGCUCAAGGAAAGUCUCUCACACAGGAAAACCACAAUCUUCUGCCAUGUCCGAUUCUUGAAGAUAUCCCGCACUUAGGGUCCUCAACAGCUCAUAUCGUUGCCAUGUUCUUUCCCAUUUUUGCAUUAUUGAUGAGUAUAUGUAUCAUUCUUCAUACUUAAACUCAGGUAUGUGUAAUGAAUCGAAUUGCUGUGACUCAUUUGCAUUACUCACUUUUCAAGAAAAAUUACUCG